AUGAGUGGUUUGGUGCUGGUGUUCGAGGGCGAUGUCGCACCACUAGCAGUCGCACCGGCUUCUGGGGCGAUGACUCGGCAGCAGAAUGGCGGCGGCCAUAGCGCGCCGGCAGAGCAGAGCCGCUCAGGGCUGCUCGUGGCGCAGCAGAUCCUCAGCGACAAGCUUGCCAGCAGCGGCGAGGCGGUGUACCGGGAGUUUGAGCGGCUGCGGCGGGGGCGGCUGCCGGGAAGCUGCCAAGCGGCGCAGCUGCCGGCCAACGAGCGGCGCAACCGCUACACCAACGUGCUGCCCUUUGACGAGAACCGCGUUCGGCUCAACUCUCCGACCCACGACUACAUCAACGCCAGCUCCCUUGCCAGCCCAGCCAGCGAGGCGCCAGCCUGGCACUACAUCGCCACGCAGGCGCGUACCUCCCUUGACUUGCAUGCACAGCAGCAUACGCCAUUUUCCUUUGCCUUUUUCACUCUUGGCCCCAAGGACUCCACGGUGGGAGACUUUUGGCAGAUGGUGUACGAGAGCAACAGCGCCGUCGUAGUCAUGCUGACUCGCCUCACAGAGAGCGGCGCCAUGAAGAAGUGCGCGGAGUAUUUCCCCGAUGAGCUGGACCAGCCGGUGACGUACAAGGGCGGCUGGACGGUCACAUGCGUCUCCAUGCGCGAAGUGGACUGCGAUGUGCGCCACCGGGACCUCUUAGUCACUCCCCCCUCGCCCACCACAGGGCCGUCGCGCAGGGUGUGCCACUUCCACUACCACGCGUGGCCGGACCACGGGGUUCCCUCCACCACGCAGCCCCUCAGGGAUCUGCUGGCUGCCGUGCGCGGUCUGCAAGCACCUGCCGCCGGGCCGCCCGUCGUCCACUGCAGCGCAGGCAUCGGGCGCACGGGAACGUUCUGCGCGGUGGACGUGGCGUUGCAGCGGCUGCGCAGUGGCGAUUACGGAAUUGCGGUGAGCGCGGCGGAGCUGAAGCCCGUAGUGGCCGAGCUACGGCGGCAGCGGUCCGGAAUGGUGCAGACAGCCGAGCAGUACCUCUUCUGCUACCGGGCAGUCAAAGACGAGGUGGACAAGGAAGUUGGGUUGGCCUAAGAAGGUGCUCUGAAGGAGGAGCGGAGCAGUGUGGUGAUCUGAGCUCACUCUCCAGGUCUCGAUUGCGUUGAUGUGCUAAGGCGUAGUUGCCAGUUGGGUGGCAAAAUAAAGGUUGUGCUGACUGUACCAAGAAUACUUACUUGCAAGUACUACCUGCAAGUUUUGAACAUGCCUGGAUUUCCUCCUGAUGCAACCAGGGUCCGUAAUAAAAAUGUUGAUCGUUUCGUUAGCUGAAAUGCUCGAGAGUCUUCUUGGUGUUUUGCUUCUUCAGGUACACAGAUCACCUCGUUGAUCCUUCCAGUUUUCUGCGUAUGCUACUCAAGUGGUCGUACCUGUUUUGUGCAAUCUCUGUGAAGUCUAAAUGAUGGGCAUC